UCUGCUGUCAAUGAAAAUUGUCAUCAUUCAUCAUUGUUGUUGCAGUUUCAUUCAAUUCAUUCAAUAGAUGUAUAGGAAACGCUAGACGUUUCUUGAAUCGGUGAAAUAUCGCAAUGAUUAGAACUCUAUAGAAGAGAAUCGCUUGUUAAAUUGAUUCGACUAAUUUAAUAUAUAUACAUGUAAUAUAUUAUCGCACACAACAUGAAACGUCAAAGGGUCAAACAUGCGACAGAUCGUGUUUACGUGGAUAACCUAUUUGAAGUACGUGAUGUUGAUCUUCCAAUGAGUGAAUCAAAGCUUGAAUCCAGUGGAAAAUGGAUUGAAGCACAGGUUUUACCAGGAGAUACUCUUCAAGCUAUUGCAUUACGGUUCAGUUGCACGAUUGCGGAGCUAAAAAAGGUUAAUAAAAUAGAUAAAGAUAAUGAAAUCUUUGCACGCAGAAUAAUAAGAGUACCAAUUACACCCCAUUCGAUAUUGUUAGAAACGCUACCUAAGGUUCAUACUAGCGGAAGUAGUAGUCCAAAAAACACACUCCAUCUGACGCAGAACUCUACUACCAUACUCGAAAAUGACGCCAAUUUUGACGAGAAACUGUUAGUCGCUGCAGUAAGUAGUGCUUCAUACAAAAACGAAAAUCUCAACCUGGCAACUGAACAUAAUGUGGAAGAAUCAAGUGAAGAGUCAAUCAGGCAACCAUUGCUGAGUGGAGAAUACGACGAUAGUUUACCACAACCUCGUUUGUUACGACUACCUGCAAACGAUUACUCUUGCAAUGGAUCGGACUGUGAUAUUUCGUGGAUUUGUUUGCUUGUAUGUAUCCUUGCAUUGUGUUUUAUAAUUCCGUUAAUAUACGUGAUUUAUAUAGCUGAACAUAUCGAAAAGUAUCAUCACGAUAAUUUUAUCAACGAAACAAGUCAUCACAGAACGUGAUUAAUGAUUAAAUCAUCACAUAUCACGUCUUUCGAAACAAACGCUUUUGACAAUAUUUUACAAUCAUGGUGGCAAUGGUAAAAUGUUUCUCUAUCAUGUUUGUAUAAUUCCAGUUCAAGUAGUUUUUGCACCUAUACAUUAAAAUAAAUCUACGACUACAGUGUGGCAAAGCUUUCACGACAAAAGAUAGCUCUUCCAUGGAUAAGACAAUUCAGAGCAGAACUAUAAUAUAUGUAUUAAAAUGUUUUGCCAAAUUUGUCGCUCGUGGCAAGUCCACUAAUGUUUUAAUAGAUAUUUUACACUGUGACAGCUGUUGGGAAUGGACAAUAUUGCCAAUAAUGCGGCAAAUUUUCAAUGUCAGAUGUAGCAACUGAAUCUAUACCUAAACCCAAAAUACAUCAUAGUUAAUUUUAAGUGCCUUCAUAGAUAUGUUCAAUAAACUAAUCGUUACGAAUGUUAUACUUUUCAAA